CAUCAAUACCAAUGCGGGGGUUGCUAAUUGCAUUUUUGGCCUAAUAUUAGGAAAAUUAAGCUAGCGAGUGUAGAAUUUUUUGUCAUCUAUGCUGAGCAGACAGAGGUCGCACCUCGAUGAUUUGAAUCAGUCCUUUUGUGGCAGUCAAAGUGAAAUGAACAUUUGGAAGGGUAAACUGUUGACGGACGUGCCAUUCGGUCAUGUGCUCAUAGUGAGCGGGAAAGUAAAACCGAAUCCGAAUAAAAUUUGUUUGGACCUCACCGAUAAUAUCAAAGGUCAGAAUGAGAGUGAAACAGUUUAUUUGAAGAUAGAGGCAAAUUUUCGGGAGAAUCAAAUAAUAAGGAGCAUGUUUAUGCCCGGGGAGGGUUGGCAGCAGGAGGAAAUUUCGAAAAAUUGGAAAUCGGAUGGACCGAAAAAUCCACUAGUGCCGGGCCAAUCAUUCAACUUUCGCAUAGCUGUGCUACAAAAAAGCUUUGAAAUCUACAUAAACGACAACCUCUAUGGUGCUUUCGAAUUUGUGAAAUUCCCAAAACCGAUCAAUUUCAUGUUGGUCUAUGGUGAUUUUGAAAAAAUUACACAAUUUCAUCAAAGAAUGCUAUUUCCGUUGGUCUUUCCGAGAAGUCUAAUUUGUGCAGAGAAAAUCGCCUUUCAAAGUGAUGUACCAAAGAAAUAUGAAGUUGGCACUGUUGUUGCUAUGGAGUGCAUCGCCAAGGGACCAGCGAACACUGCAUUUUCCAUUUGCUUUCAGUGCAAUGACACGGGCCGUGUUGUGCUGAAGUUUCAUGUCAAUUUUGAAAACACGACAGUGUCGCGUACUUACGAACGUCCUGAUAAUAGAUUUUCCUCUGACGAUGAGGAAACUGAUGGCGAGUUUCCCUUUCAGCGCGGCAAGCUAUUCAAAAUUGCUUUUGGCAUUGGCGAUAAGGCAUUUAUUAUUGCUGUGAAUGGCCAAUAUUUUACUUAUUAUAAUUAUCCCAUUCGUUCAUUCGCCAUAUCCACCUUGAAAUGUUUCACAAAUCAUGUUGGUGAUUUUGCAGUGAAAAAUCUUGAGUAUCAUUGCGAUUCACCGCUAUUGGCGCGUGUUGAGAAAUUAUCGUUGAUUUAAUGAAAAAUUAUGAAAAUAUAGAAAUAAAACUGUUAUGUCGCAUAGUAAUUGAAAUAAAAAGCUUGAAGAGGCACGCUAAAUAAAG